UGCCCUUACGUCAGCUGGAGCGGCUCAAAUUUGCUUCAGUGUUUCACGUGGAAGGUUCGGGACCAACAGUUCUUCAGCAGGAAUUCAGCAAUGCAAGGGGUCGGGCGUCUAACUUCUCUGCAGUCCUGUCGGAGUUUGUAGGAUUUCAUCCGAUAAUUGAGCUGGACUAAAACGUCAAAAUGAACACCGGAGCAUUUCUGCUGAUGCUUGUCGUUCGGAUCUACGCCGAUAAUAUGGAAGGGCCAACAGCCGGCUGUACGUUUGAGGAGGAUGCUGACCCAAGCCUGUGUGACUACAGACAAGGUCAAGAGGAUGACUUUGACUGGCAGCUCAUAAGAUCCUUGAGCUGGCUAAACACCACCCCAGACCUUCUACGAGGGUCCUUCAUGAUGGUCAACUCCUCCCAGCAUGCCGCGGGGCAGCGCGGGCACCUGCUGCUGCGGCCUCUCAGCGAGAACGACACACACUGCAUCCAGUUCAGCUACUUCCUGUACAGCCGCGACGGACACAGCCCCGGGGACCUGCGGAUCUACAUCCGGGUCAACGGCGGUCCAAGGGGAAGUGCCGUGUGGAACGUGUCCGGUUCGCACGGCCGCCAGUGGCAUCAGGUGGAGCUAGCCAUCAGCACGUUCUGGCCCAGCGAAUACCAGAUCGUCUUUGAGGCGACCGUCUCAGCCGAGCGGCGGGGCUACAUCGCUCUGGACGACAUCCUGCUGCUGAACUACCCCUGCUACAAGGUGCCCCACUUUUCUCGGCUGGGUGACGUGGAGGUGAACGCCGGGCAGAAUGCCACUUUCCAGUGUGUCGCGACGGGCAAGACUGGCGAGGAGGAGCCCUUCUUGCUGGAGCGCCGCAAUGGCGCUCUGGCGAUGGCGUCCUCGGUGGUGCGGCUGAGCCACAAGCGGCUGAUGGCGACCUUCCAGGUGGAGGCGGAGCGCGGCGAGCAGGACUUGUACCGCUGCGUCACCCAGUCCACUCGCGGUUCCGCCGUCUCCAACUUUGGCGAGCUGAUCGUACGAGUGCCCCCGACGCCUAUCGCCCCCCCCCAGCUGCUCCGUGCGGGCCCCACCUACCUAAUCAUCCAGCUCAACACUAACUCCAUCGUCGGGGACGGGCCCGUGAUCCGCCGAGAGAUUGAGUACCGCGCCAGCCAAUCACCUUGGACUGAGACCCACGGCGUGGGCUCGCUGACCUAUAAGGUGUGGCACCUGGAGCCGGACACGGAGUACCGCAUCAGCGUGCUGCUCACCAGGCCAGGGGAGGGGGGCACGGGGGCGCCUGGGCCCCCCCUGAUCAGCAGGACAAAGUGUGCAGAGCCCAUGCGUGCGCUGCGGGGCCUGACCUCCAUGGAGAUCCAGCCCCGUCAGCUGGCCCUGCAGUGGGAGCCCCUGGGCUACAACCUGACCCGCUGCCACACCUACUCGGUGUCCCUGUGCUACCGCUACUCCACGCCAGCAGGGGGCGGCGGAGGGAACAACGCCACGGUGCGCGAGUGCCUGUCGGUGGAGCGCAACACAUCCCACUUCACCCUGCGGGACCUGCCGCCCUUCCGGGCCGUGCACGUGCGCCUGGCGCUGGCCAACCCCGAGGGCAAGAAGGAGAGUCGCGAGGUCACCUUCCAGACCGAGGAGGACAUACCUGGCGGUAUUGCACCCGAGUCCCUGACCUUCACCCCGUUGGAUGAUAUGAUUUUCCUCAAGUGGGAGGAGCCUGUGGAGCCCAAUGGCCUCAUCACACAGUAUGAGAUCAGCUACCAGAGCAUCGAGUCGUCCGACCCGGGCAUCAACGUGCCAGGGCCUCGGCGCACCGUGUCCAAGCUGAAGAACGAGACCUACCACAUGUUCUCAGGCCUGCACCCAGGCACCACCUACCUGGUGUCGGUGCGCGCCCGCACCGCCAAGGGCUUCGGCCAGACCGCCCUCACCGAGAUCACCACCAACAUCUCAGCCCCGGUGUUUGACUACGAGGACGUCCCGUCGCCUCUCAGCGAAUCAGAGAGCACCAUCACUGUGCUGCUGCGGCCUGCGUUGGGGAGAGGGGCCCCCGUCAGCACCUACCAGGUGGUAGUGGUGGAGGAGGACGGCUCGCGGCGCGUGAGGAGGAGGGAGGCGGGCGGAACCGACUGUUUCCCCCCCGUCGCCGCCGCCGCCGCCGCCGCCCACAACGAGGCGCAGACCAAGGGAGCCCCCCACUACUACACAGCCGAGCUGCCUCCCAGCAGCCUCCCUGAGGCCACGCCCUUCACCGUGGGGGACAACCACACCUACAACGGCUACUGGAACAUGCCGCUGGACCCCACCAAGAACUAUCUCAUCUACUUCCAGGCGGCCAGCAACUUCCGAGGGGAAACAAGGAUCAACUGUAUCCGGGUUGCCAGAAAAGCUGCCUGCAAGGACUCCAAGCGGGCCCUGGAGGUUUCCCAGCAUGCCGAGGACAUGGGUCUGAUCCUGGGGGCGUGUGCCGGGGGGCUGGUGGUCCUCAUCCUGCUUCUGGGGGCCAUCGUCAUCGUCGUCAAGAAGGGAAGGGACUUCUAUUCUUACUCUUACUACCCCAGGAAGAAGGUGGCCAUGAACAAGGCAGCCAUGUCCUACCGGCAGGACAAAAACAGGAAGCUGGGCUCGCUGGACUGUAGCAUGACAGACCAGAGUACCCUGCAGCAGGACGAACGUACCGCACACUCCUUCCUGGACGCCCACAACUGCAACGUUAGGAACGAGCAGCGGAGUUCAGUGAACGAGUCCAGCAGUCUGCUGGGCGGCUCCCCGCACCGCCACUGUCGCAGGAAGAGCUCGCCCUAUCACACGGGUCAGCUUCACCCUGCCGUCCGCGUGGCCGACCUCCUGCAGCACAUCAACCAGAUGAAGACGGCCGAGGGGUAUGGCUUCAAGCAGGAGUACGAGGGGUACCAACGAUCCAACCACUUCAUUGCCACCCAAGGUCCCAAGCAGGAGAUGAUCUAUGACUUUUGGAGGAUGGUGUGGCAGGAGAAUUGCUUCAGCAUUGUCAUGAUUACCAAGCUGGUGGAGGUGGGACGGAUGAAGUGCUGUAAGUACUGGCCGGAUGACAGUGAACUCUACGGCGACAUCAAGAUCACCCUGUUGAAGACAGAGACCCUCGCAGAGUACACUGUCCGCACCUUCGCCAUGGAGAGGAGGGGCUACCCUGCCAAGCAUGAGGUGUGUCAGUUCCACUUCACGUCGUGGCCGGAGCACGGCGUGCCCUACCACGCCACCGGCCUGCUGGCCUUCCUGCGCAGGGUCAAGGCCUCCACGCCCCCCGACGCUGGGCCCGUGGUGGUGCACUGCAGUAUGGGAGCGGGCCGGACGGGCUGCUACAUCGUGCUGGACGUCAUGCUGGAUAUGGCCGAGUGUGAGGGAGUGGUGGAUAUCUACAACUGUGUCAAGACCCUCUGCUCCAGACGCAUCAACAUGAUCCAGACUGAGGAACAGUAUGUUUUCAUUCAUGAUGCCAUCCUGGAGGCGUGUCUGUGCGGAGAGACUGCCAUCCCUGUGAGUGAGUUUGCUCUCACCUACAAGGACAUGCUGAGAGUGGACUCCCAGAGCAACACCUCGCAGUUCCGGGAGGAGUUCCAGACGCUAAACUCAGUGACCCCCCACCUGGACGUAGAGGAGUGCAGCAUCUCCCUGCUCCCCAGGAACCGGGAGAAGAACCGGAGCAUGGACGUUCUGCCUCCGGACCGCGCCCUAGCCUUCCUGGUCACCACCGACGGCGAGAGCAACGACUACAUCAACGCCGCGCUCACCGACAGCUUCCACCGGCCCGCCGCCUUCGUGGUCACGCCCCACCCCCUCCCCGGCACCACCGCCGACUUCUGGAGACUGGUGUAUGACUACGGCUGCACCUCCGUGGUCAUGCUCAACCAGCUCAACCAGUCCAACUCCGCCUGGCCCUGCCUGCAGUACUGGCCUGAGCCGGGACUGCAACAGUUUGGACCAAUGACAGUGGAGCUCCUGUCCCGGACGGCAGACGAUGAUGUCAUCAUACGCCUGUUCCGCGUUCAGAACAUUACACGGAUUCAGGAGGGUCAGCUAGUGGUACGCCAUUUCCAGUUCCUCCGCUGGUCUCCGUAUCGUGACGUCCCCGACUCCAAAAAGGCCUUCCUCAGCCUCCUGGCACAGGUGCACAACUGGCAGAGAGAGUGCGGAGAAGGACGGACCAUCGUUCACUGCCUGAAUGGCGGGGGUCGUAGUGGGACUUUCUGCGCCUGCACCAUGAUUCUGGAGAUGAUCCGACACCACAGUGUGGUAGAUGUCUUCUACGCUGCCAAGACGCUACGCAACUCCAAGCCCAACAUGGUGGAGACCAUGGAGCAGUACCGGUUCUGCUAUGACCUGGCUCUGGAGUACUUAGACUGCCUGGAGGUGAGAUAGCACUGAUCUCAGAGAUGUGAUCAGCUCCCUGGAUCCUAGUCUUGGGUCCUGGGUCCUGGUUUUGGGUCCUGGGUCCAUCCAUAGUCAGAUGGUUUCUUCUCUGUGCAACCCCCCACACCUGGAUGAAAGUCUACAUACCGUAAUGAACAUUGACACCGAGCCUAUGGGAAAUGACCACCUCCCACAACUCUGGGUCCCUUCCCCUCAUGCGUUCUACUCCAACAUGUACUCGAUUGUGCCACACCUCCAACAAGUUGAACAGGAACUGAGUCUGGUCCGUCUCCUCAUUUUGACUGGACGUUUUCCAGGUCACCUGACCACUGGUGGUAUACUCAGAGCUUUGCAACUUCCUGCCUUACUGGGACAAUAUCAACAAACACCAAGAACAAGCUGUAGUCUUGACAACUACAAUAAAACAAACUGCAGCAGCACAAAACAAUACCAACUAAUUGGAUGAUAUCGUAUUGUGUGUUUGUUUUGUAAUACUCUGUACAUGGUGCAAUCUACUGUUGGUGAACAUCCCAUUUGUGUUCAGUAUAUAUUGACGUUUUCUUGCAAGAGGCUGGCUAAGCAGAGGCUCCAAUCCUGAAGGAGAUUUGCCUUUCCAAAGGAAGGAUGAGGUUUCCAUCGUAUGCUACUGUACAGGAGAAUGGUGGUGGACUGAACAUUUAUUUUAUUUCUGUCUAAUUUAUUAUUUGUGUAAAUAGAUCUUUUCCAGAUGUUUCUAGAUGUUGAUGUCUUAAUGUGCCAAUCCAUUCUCUUUGUGUCUGUGAACAGGGACCAUCCAAGCAUCUGCAUGCAAGUCUUAGGUAUUUCAUUGCAGUUUGUGACCCAGUCUGCUUCAGGGGGGCUAAUAACCUGGACCCCCAUAGUCAGAAAGAGCUAUAUAUGAAAAAAAAAUAUGAUGUGUUGCUGUGGGAACAAGGUGAACAAGUCACCGAAACACGUUGCUUUUUAAAUUUGUAUUUAUCAAUGUGUUUUAUUUUCUAAAUAGUGUAAAAAACUAAAAUAAAUAAAC